GUGGCAAGUGCGGGAGGGGCAACAUGUCGGCGGAGAAACUACAAAUUACCAUCAGUGAUGGCGCCUCUCGGCGCGACGACUUAAUCGGGGACACGAUGCUUUCCACCUGGGACAUCGUCUGCGUCGCCAUCUACUUCGCGCUCGUCGCGGGCGUGGGAAUAUACUCGAUGUGUCGGCCAAAUCGUGGGACAGUUGCCGGGUACUUCCUGGCGGGCCGGGUGGUGUGGUGGCUCCCGGUGGGCGCCUCACUGUUCGCCAGCAAUAUAGGCUCGGAACACUUCAUAGGCCUAGCUGGGUCUGGCGCCGCGGCUGGCAUCGGCGUCGGAGCCUUCGAACUGAACGCCAUGGUGCUGCUUCAGCUCCUGGGCUGGGUCUUCCUGCCUGUGUUCAUCGCCAGUGGGGUGAGCACACUGCCGGAGUAUACCAGUAAGAGGUUCGGGGGCCGCAGGAUCCGCACCUACCUGGCCAUCCUCUCCCUCAUCCUCUACGUCUUCACCAAGAUCUCGGUGAACUUGUACUCUGGGGCUAUUUUUAUCCAGCAAGCCUUAAAAGUCAACAAUUUAUACUUGUCCAUCAUUGGCCUCCUAUUGAUGACAGCUCUGUGCACCAUGUUAGGGGGCCUGGCUGCAGUGAUCUACACAGAUACCCUGCAGUUCUUCAUCAUGAUCGGCGGAUCUUUGUAUUUAAUGAUUAAAGCUUUUCAAGCAGUGGGUGGCUAUACAGAGCUGCAGACAAAGUAUCUUGAGGCUAUCCCAGAGAAACUGAUAGAUAACUCGACGUGUGGACUUCCUCGCAUUGACUCCUGGAGAAUGUUGAGAGAUGCUGACCCCACUGUCAGUGAUAUGCCUUGGCCUGCGUUCUUACUGGGCCAGAUGCCUGUCUCCAUAUGGUAUUGGUGCGCUGACCAGAUGAUGGUACAACGCGUUAUGGCAGCUCGCAGCCUCUCGCACGCAAAGGGUGGCACAAUAUUUGCUGGUUAUAUUAAACUCCUGCCGCUGUUUAUAAUAAUCUUGCCAGGAAUGGUGUCACGUGUUCUGUUCCCCAGUGAAGUGGGUUGUAUUGUUCCGGAGGAGUGUUACAAGUUCUGCGGUUCAAGAGUAUCGUGCACCAACUCGGCUUAUCCUAAACUAGUGUUGGAAUAUAUGCCAAGUGGCAUGAGAGGUGUCAUGCUGUCAGUUAUGCUGUCGGCACUUAUGAGUGACCUCACAUCUAUCUUCAACUCUGCUUCGACUCUCUUCACAAUAGACAUUUGGGCAAUUUGUCGACCAAAAGCCAAACAAAGGGAGCAACUCAUUGUGGGAAGGAUUUUCAUCGUAAUAUUAGUUGUGUUUUCCAUCUUGUGGAUUCCCAUCAUUGAGCAGACUCAAGGCGGGCAGCUAUACAUCUACAUUCAAUCAAUUGCUGCUUACCUGGCCCCACCAAUUGCUGCUAUUUACUGUUUGGCUAUUGCAUGGAAAAGAAUGAAUGAGUUGGGUGCAUUCUGGGGCUUAAUGAUUGGCUUUGUGAUUGGCAUGGCACGUAUGGCUUUAGAUUUCUACUAUGGGGAGCCUGUUUGUCAUGAAGAAGAUUAUAGACCUGUAAUUAUUCAAAAGUUCCACUUCAUGUAUUUUGCAACAUUAUUGUUUUGGCUGACAGUGGUAAUAUCCAUUAUCAUCUCAAUGAUCACCAAGCCCCCAGAGAGUUGGAGGGUAAUUAGAACAACUUUCAUCACUCGACAUGACCUGGCUGAACGAGAGGAUGAGAUGGAGCUGAAGGAGAAGGCUCGUAAUGGACUCCUGCAUGAUAAGCCACAAGAUAUAGAUGAUGAUGAUGAACAGCAAGACGGCAUACCAUGGUAUCGGCAAUUCUUCAAUUGGCUUCUUGGGUUUGACAACUCGGAGAAAGCACAGCAACAAGAAGUGGCCAUGAACGAACACAUCGCCCAGCUGACCAACCUACACCAAGAAAAUUGGGAGAACUAUCUACUCAAUAUUAUGCUGGUGGCCAUCAUCAUUCUUACAUUGGUCUUCUAUACAUACUUUUCCAUUAACCCUUUCACUACAGAAGAAAUUUAUGAAAUUCAACGUAACAAACUCCAUGAGUUAGGCUAUGACAAUAUAUUUUAACAAUUAAAACUAUUUAUUUUUCAUGUAAAACGGCUUCUGUCAGGAGAAAUACAGUACGAUUUGCUAGCAUCACUUUUUGAGAUGACAGAUCAGCAUCACUUGCCAAGAUGACAUUGGACCAUCAUCACUGGUGGAGAUGACUGUGGACCAUCAUCACUGGUGGAGAUGACUGUGGACCAUCAUCACUGGUGGAGAUGACUGUGGACCAUCAUCACUGGUGGAGAUGACUGUGG